AUGUAUAGUACCUGGAUGAAUAAAUUUAUUUUUAGUCGAACAAUAAUCAUAAAAGAAUCUUUAAAAAGAGUAUUAUAUACAAUUGAUCAACCAUUUAAAAUAUCAUCAAAAGCUCAUUUUAUUGUACCUAUAUCACGCACUUAUGUUGAUGCUCAAUGUUAUAAUUUAUUAAAACAAAAUUUGUGCUCCAGUUGGUGUUGUGGAGGUCCAUCUGGUACAGAAUACACUGUUUCAGGUAGUGGAUGGAUGAACGAAGAAUUGUUUACAUGGUGGUUCACAAAUAGUUUUAUUGCACAAACACAACAUUUACCACGACCACUUCUUCUGGUACUGGAUGGACUCGGCGCACACGUUAAUGUAACUUGUAUUGAAUUAGCGAUUGCAAACAAUAUCAUUUUGUUAGUACUACCUCCCCACACAACACACAAUUUACAACCUCUCGAUCUUGUUAUUUUGGAUGUAGUAAAGUCUUAUUGGUAUAAAAUUAUGAGCAGUUAUAAGAAACAAGGUUAUAACGCCAUUAGAAAACCGGAUUUUCCUGGUUUAAUAAAUCACGUAUAUGAACAAGUUUGUACAAAAAGACAAGUCGUAUCAUCGUUUGCACCAAGUGGUAUAUGGCCAUUUGAUAAUCAAGCAAUGAAAGAUAAAGUGGCUGUAGAAAAAAGACAAAAACGAGUUUCGUUGAAUGUUACUACUUUAUCAACAUGUCAAGAUGAUGUUUCAACAUCCUCAUUCAGCACAAUGUCGACAGAUACUUAUUAA